AUGGCCUGGCUACGGCCGCCCCGUCUUUCGUCCCUGGUGCGCCAGCUGGGUUUUCUAGCUCUGGCGAGCGCUGCUACGGUUAAGUAUGACUUUGAGAUCGGCUGGGUCACGGCCAAUCCCGAUGGCAUGGCAGAGAGGUCGACGAUUGGCAUCAACGGCCAGUGGCCCUUGCCCAGAAUCGAGGCAAACGUCGGCGACCAGAUCAUCGUCAACGUGCUCAACUCGCUGGGCGACCAGUCCACGUCGCUUCACUUUCACGGCCUGUUCAUGAACGGGUCCAACCACAUGGACGGCCCAAGCCAGGCCACCCAGUGUCCCAUUUCACCGGGGUCUCGCUUUACCUACAACUUUACGAUCGACCAGCCGGGCACGUACUGGUAUCAUUCGCACGACCAUGGCCAGUAUCCCGACGGCCUGAGGGGGCCGCUUAUCAUCCAUGACCCCGACUCGCCCUUCAAGGACGACUACGACGAAGAGCUGGUUUUGACCGUCUCGGACUGGUACCACGAUCAGAUGCCCGGACUUCUUGACUUCUUUAUUAGCAAAGCCAAUCCCACCGGAGCCGAGCCGGUGCCUAACUCGGCCCUGCUCAACGACACGCAGAACUUGAAGAUCUCGGUCGAGCCCGGGAAGAGGUACCUGUUCCGCGUCAUCAACGUAGGAGCCUUUGCCGGCCAGUACCUCUGGUUUGAGGGCCACAACAUGACCAUCAUCGAGGUCGACGGCGUCUACCACCAGCAAGCCGAAGCCACCAUGAUCUACCUCUCGGCCGCGCAGCGCUGCAGCUUCAUCAUCACGGCAAAGAACGACACCUCGGAGAACUUCCCCAUCGUUUCCAGCAUGGACACGUCUCUGUUUGACAAGCUCCCGGACGACCUGAACUGGAAUGUGACUGGAUGGCUCACAUACGACUCAACAAAGCCAUUUCCCGACCCGGCCGUGGUUGACGGAGACUACGAACCCUUUGACGACUGGACCCUCGUGCCCUGGGACAACCAGACCAUCUACGGCGAGCCCGACCAAAGCAUCUCGCUGGACGUCAUCAUGGACAAUCUCGACGACGGCGCCAACUAUGCCUUCUUCAAUGACAUCACUUACAGAGCCCCCAAGGUCCCCACGCUGUAUACGGCCUUGAGCGCGGGCGAGCUGGCAACCGAUGCGACUGUCUACGGCAAGUACACGCACCCAUUUGUGCUGGAGAAGGGCCAGGUGGUCGAGAUUGUAGUGAACAAUAUCGAUCCCGGCAAGCACCCGUUUCAUCUGCACGGUCACAACUUCCAGGCCGUCUGGCGCUCCGAGGAAGAGGCUGGCACGUUUCAAGAUUCGGGCGUUACCUCGGCCAACUUCUCAGAGGUCCCCAUGCGGCGCGACACGUUCGUCCUGUACCCCAACGGCAACAUUGUCUUGCGUUUCUUAGCUUAUAACCCGGGUGUCUGGCUCUUCCACUGCCACAUCGAGUGGCACGUCCAAUCAGGCCUCAUGGCCACCUUUGUUGAGGCGCCCCUCGACCUGCAAAAGUCUCUCGUUAUUCCCCAGAACCACAAGGACGCCUGCGCUGCUGCCGGUGUUCCCACUGUCGGCAACGCAGCUGGCAACUCGGCCAACUAUCUCGAUCUGUCGGGACAGAACGUCCCGCCGGGCUUGAUACCUGAGGGGUUUACCACACGCGGCAUCGUCGCUCUCGUAUUCAGCAUCAUCAGCGGUCUGCUUGGUGUGGCCGUCAUUGCCUGGUACGGCUUCGUCGGCAUGGCUGACCAGCCAGCUGUCGAGCCUGCGGGUGCUGGCGUCGUCUCACCUGCGGAUCCACCUGUGGUCGUGGCCGAGCCCAAAGGUCCGACACCUACAGAGGUCUCGUUGGUGGAUGGUGCUGGCGGAGGAGGAACAAGAACAUAA